GAAAUCAUUGAUCGAUUGAUUGCAUCAAAAGUUUUUCAAAACUAAACUAAAAACUAAAUAAAAAAUUAUUAUUAAAACAGAAAAUUAAAAAUAAAAAGUUUUUUGUUUUAUAAUCCAAUCAAUUGAUCCGCAAAUUAGAGAUUUUAAGAGAAAGAGAGAGAGAGAGAGACCAGUAGUUUGUGUGGUGUUGUUAUAGUCAUCGGCAUAUAGCCGAUAGUGUCCGCACGUGGAAACAGUACUACCGAUAAUAUGAUUGCCGAAAUCGAGGACAAUUCGGAAGAGUUGGACCAAUUGGUCGAUGAAGAGGACGAUGAAGACAACAACAACCAUAACAACAGUCAUCAUCACAACCAUAACAACGGACACCAACACCACAACAACAACGGCGUCGGCGUCGGAGGUGUCGAUGAAGACGACGAUAUGGAAGAGGAAGAAGAAGAAGAAGAUGACGACAAAGAAGUGAUCGGUAUUAGCGACGAUAACGACGAAUCGGACGACGGCUGCGGCGGCGUUGGUGUUGGCGGUGACGGCGGCGGAGAUACCGCCAAUGUAUGCGAGUUAGACCAGUCAAACCAGUUGACAGUAGUGCCGACCAAUAGUCUGAUGUCCGAUUCGGCCGACGGCAGUAACGACGAUAGCCGGCAUAAUAUGAUGGUCGGAGGCGAUGGUGGCGGCAGUAGUGGUAGUGGUAUAGGCGGAAGUAUCGGCGGCGGCAUCGACGACAAUAUGGGCCAAACGCAUAGCGUUAAGAUUGUUAAGGUAGUACCGUUACCGCACGCCCGAUCGGAAGUUUGGUCGUAUUUCGGUUUUAUUGCCGACGAUGACGGCGAAAUACAGGACAAAAAGAAGGCCAUCUGCAAGAUAUGCGCCUCAACGCUGGCCUAUUCGGGUAAUACAACCAAUUUGUUUACCCAUUUGAAGGCCAUGCAUCCGGAAGCCCAGCCCCAGAAACUGGCGCCGACUAAUCGUACGCCGCGUACGGGCAAAAAGUUUGGUAACAAACGUAAGUCGGAUGUAUUGGACGGCGCCGGCAGUGGUCAGCUAAUUGUACGGGCGAUACACUAUUCAUCGUCGCCGCACACCAACAACAACAACAACAGUAGCGACCAUCAUAUGUAUAGUGAUGACAAUGACCACCAAUCGGGAGGCGGCGGCGGUCAUCAUCAUCUGACACUACUAAACCAUAAUCAUCAUCACAACCACCACCAGAAACCGCAUCACAAAUCACAGCAAACAACUGUAUCGUUGUAUAACAACUCGACCGACAACUCGUCAUCGGCAUCGACAACAACAACGACUAACCAUAACCACCAUAUGAUUACUAGCGAUGAUAUAACGGCAUCGUUGGUCAAUUGGUUGGUGAAAGAUUGUCGGCCGAUAUGCGUUGUUGAGGGUAAAGGGUUUGUCGAAAUGCUACGGCAAUUGGUACCGGGAUAUCAGGUACCGGAUACUAAACGAUUGACCAAUCAGGUGAAGAAAAAGUACGAUGAAGUUCGCCGGGAACUCAUAUUGAAGGCCAUGCAGGACGAGUAGGUUGUUUACCAGUCUAGUUGUGAUGGGAUGGGAUGGUUGGAUGGCUACUACUACUACUACCACUAUUUGUACCUAACGGUGCUAAUCAAACCAAACAAACAAAUAACUACCAGAUCUACCGUUAAUUGGUUUACUGAUUGCCAAUCGGGAACCGUUAGGUUUUUUUUUACCACCGCAUUAAUCGUGUGAUUUUGUUGUUGUUGUUGUUGUUAUCGAUGAUAAUCAUUGUCUGUAUAUAUAUAUAAUACUGUAAAUAAUGAAUUACCUACCGAUCCUCUCAUGUUGU